ACACGUUUGGAGUGAACUCCAACAGUGCGGCUACAGCUCACCUACCACGAACAGCAACACGCUGUUUAUAGAAAACGAACGACCUCCCGACAAGGUGCCAAUUAAAACAGCGGACGACCAGCUGCCUUCCACACUCUAAAACGGAUCAUUUAAUCCAUCACUGUCCUGACAUAAGUGGUUUCUUCGCAAUCUCUCGGCUGAUUUUUAAACUUCUCCAAGUUUGAACUUUGUUCCGCGAGAGCGCGCGCUUACCAUCGACCUGCUCAAUUUUCAAUUCAAUUCAACACACAAGUGUCACCAAGGUGUAAAAGUGGAUCCAGAAAGUACCGUCAUGAUGAGUAACAACUACGGCGAAGAGCAGCAGCAGCCUCCACAGUAUUACCAGGCCGCUGACUUUGGGGAGGAGGGGGAAGACGAGGUGCCAGCCACGGAGAAGGACUUGGCCGAGGACGCGCCAUGGAAAAAGAUUCAGCAGAACACCUUCACCAGGUGGUGCAACGAGCACCUCAAGUGCGUCAAUAAGACCAUCCUAGACCUGCAGAAGGAUUUUAGUGAUGGCCUGAAGCUCAUUUCACUCCUGGAAGUUCUGAGCCAGAAGAAAAUGUACAGAAAAUACCACAACAGACCCAACUUCCGUCAGAUGAAACUGGAAAACGUUUCUGUGGCGCUAGAGUUCCUGGACAGAGAGCAUAUCAAACUGGUCUCAAUAGAUAGCAAAGCCAUUGUGGAUGGGAAUCUAAAGCUGAUCCUGGGUCUUAUCUGGACUCUCAUCCUCCACUACUCUAUCUCCAUGCCCAUGUGGGAUGACGAGGAUGACGAGGAGGUCAAGAAGCUGACCCCCAAACAGCGCUUGCUGGGCUGGAUACAGAACAAAGUGCCCCAGCUGCCCAUCAGCAACUUCAAUCGUGAUUGGCGGGAUGGUAAAGCCCUGGGAGCUCUGGUUGACAAUUGUGCCCCUGGUUUGUGUCCUGAUUGGGCCGAGUGGGACCCAAACAAGCCUGUGCAGAAUGCCAGAGAAGCCAUGCAACAGGCUGACGACUGGUUGGGUGUGCCUCAGGUGAUUGCUCCUGAAGAGAUUGUGGACCCAGAUGUGGACGAGCACUCAGUGAUGACCUACCUGUCUCAGUUUCCCAAGGCAAAACUGAAGCCCGGAGCUCCUCUCAGGCAAAAACAGCUUUUCCCAAACAAGGUUAAAGCCUAUGGACCAGGUAUUGAACCACAUGGCAACAAGGUGCUGCAUCCAGCUGUGUUCACUGUGGAAACUCUUGAAGCUGGAAGUGGUGAAGUCCUGGUCUACGUGGAGGAUCCUGAGGGUCACAAAGAGGAGGCGAAGGUUAAAGCUAACAAUGACAAAAACAGAACCUACACUGUCACCUAUGUUCCUAAAGUUGAGGGUGCCCACAAGGUGAAAGUGCUGUUUGCUGGUCAGGACAUUGACAAGAGCCCCUACACAGUAAAUGUGGCGAAGGAUAUUGGUGACCCCAGCAAAGUCCAUGCCAGAGGACCAGGUCUGGAGGCUACAGGCAAUGUGGCCAACAAACCCACCUACUUUGACAUCUACACAGCUGGUGCUGGUAACGGUGACAUCAGCGUGGUUAUCGUCGAUCCUCAGGGCAAAAAGGACACAGUUGAGCUCAUCCUGGAGAAUAAGGGCGACCAUGUUUUCCGUUGCACCUAUCGUCCCAUGUUACAUGGGCCUCACAUUAUCCAUAUACUGUUUGCAGGCCAGGAAAUCCCCAAGAGUCCUUACACUGUCAACGUCGCUGAGGCUAUGAACCCAAAUGCCUGCAGAGCUACAGGCAGAGGACUUCAGCCUAAAGGCGUAAGAGUAAAAGAGGUUGCAGACUUCAAAGUUUUCACCAAGGGAGCUGGCAGCGGAGCACUCAAUGUCUCAGUCAAAGGACCAACUGGAGCAGAGGAGCAAGUGAAAGUGCGAGAUGCAGGAAACGGUGUGUAUGAAUGUGAAUAUUAUCCCCUUAAGCCUGGUAAAUACACAGUCAGUAUCACCUGGGGAGGCCAGCCCAUCGCACGCAGCCCCUUCGAAGUGCUGGUGGGCCCUGAGGCGGGAUUCCAGAAGGUGAGAGCCUGGGGUCCUGGUCUGAAGACGGGCAUGGUAGGAAAAUCUGCUGACUUUGUGGUAGAGGCCAUUGGCACAGAAGUUGGAACUCUGGGCUUCUCAAUUGAAGGCCCAUCACAGGCUAAAAUCGAGUGUGAUGAUAAGGGUGACGGCUCCUGUGAUGUUCGUUACUGGCCCACUGAGCCCGGUGACUAUGCUGUUCAUGUCAUUUGUGAUGAUCAGGACAUCAAGGACAGUCCCUUCAUGGCUCACAUCCUCCCAGCAGCCAAUGAUGUCUUUCCUGAGAAGGUGAAAGCUUAUGGUCCAGGCCUGCAGCCAACUGGCGUCAUUGUAAACAAACCAACUGAAUUUACCAUUGAUGCCCGCAUGGCUGGGAAGGGCCAGCUCAAGAUCUAUGCCCAGGAUGCUGAAGGCCACACCAUCGACAUCAAGAUCACUGACAAGAAAGACGGCACGUUUCUGUGUGUGUACACCCCUGUUAAGCCUAUUAAACACACCAUCAUCAUCACCUGGGGGGAGGUCAAUGUGCCCAGCAGCCCCUUCAGGGUGAUGGUUGGAGAGGGUUCUCAUCCAGACAAAGUCAAGGUCUAUGGGCCUGGAGUGGAGAAGACAGGGCUCAAGGCUAACGAGCCAACAUACUUCACUGUGGACUGUGGUGAGGCUGGCCAAGGAGACAUCAGCAUUGGAAUCAAGUGUGCUCCAGGGGUGGCUGGUCCUGCUGAGGCAGACAUCGACUUUGACAUAAUAAAGAAUGACAAUGAUACCUUCACUGUCAAAUACACUCCCCCUGCUCCAGGCCGAUAUACCAUCAUGGUGCUGUUUGCUGACCAGGAAAUUCCUAUCAGUCCAUUCAAAGUCAAAGUAGAUCCUUCUCAUGACGCUGGCAAGGUGAGAGCAGAGGGUCCUGGACUCAACAAGACAGGUGUGGAGGUGGGCACUCCAACUCACUUCACCAUCUACACAAAGGGAGCUGGCAAGGCCAAGCCUGAGGUGCAUUUUGCAGCAUCAGGCCCAGGGGAGGCAGUUCGUGACUUUGAGAUCAUCGAUAACCACGAUUACUCCUACACUGUCAAGUACACAGCUCUUCAAAAGGGUAACAUGGCAAUUUCAGUGACUUAUGGAGGAGAUCCCAUUCCUAAGAGCCCCUUUCACAUCACAGUGGCACCACAUCUGGAUAUUGGAAAGGUGAAAGUGGAAGGAUUAGACACCAAAGUGGAGGUCGGAAAAGAUCAGGAGUUCACAGUUAACUCAAAGGGUGCUGGCGGGCAGGGCAAUGUAGGUGUGAAGAUGACCUCACCUUCUGGCCGACCAAUCCCAUGCAAGCUGGAAUCAGACAAAGCCAAAGGCACUCACAGUGUGAAGUAUAUUCCCCCAGAGGAGGGGCAGUAUAAGGUUGAUGUCAGCUAUGAUGGCAACCCAGUAAUGGGAAGCCCCUUUGCAGUUGAAGCAGUGAUGCCUGCUGAUCCUUCAAAGGUGCGAGCCUUUGGCCCAGGCUUGAAGGGAGGCAUUGUGGGUAAACCCGCUCCAUUCACUAUUGACACAAAGGGAGCUGGUGCAGGUGGGCUGGGCCUAACUGUGGAGGGGCCCUGCGAGGCUAAAAUAGAGUGCCAGGACAAUGGUGAUGGCACAUGUUCAGUGUUCUACCUACCCACUGAGCCUGGCGAGUAUGCAAUCAACAUCCUGUUUGCAGAGAAACACAUCCCUGGCUCUCCCUUCAAAGCUGCAGUGCGCCCAGCCUUUGACCCUAGCAAGGUGACUGCUAGCGGUCCUGGUCUGGAGAAGGCCAAGGCGGGUGAGCCAGCAACCUUCACUGUGGACUGCACCCGAGCAGGUGAUGCUGAGCUCACCAUCGAAAUUGUGUCAGAGACCGGGGUUAAGGCUGAAGUGCACAUUCAGAAAACUGCAGAGGGGACCUUCUCUGUGACGUACAUCCCAUCCUUCCAUGGGACACACACCAUCACAAUAAAGUAUGGUGGCCAUAUGAUUCCUCAGUUUCCAAAGGUCCUGCAGGUUGAGCCCUCUGUAGACACCAGUGGGGUGCAUGUCUACGGGCCAGGAGUGGAGCCUAGAGGGGUCCUCAGAGAAGUCACAACCCACUUCAUUGUUGAUGCUCGUUCCCUCAACAAGGUUGGAGGAAAUCAUGUUAAGGUUCGCGUUAUCAACCCCUCCGGUUCCAACACAGACAGCUUCGUCACUGACAAGGGAGACGGCACCUACCGAGUGGAGUACACACCAUUCGAGGAUGGAUUGCAUCUGAUUGAGGUGCUAUAUGACAAUACACCAGUACCCAAAAGUCCCUUCAGAGUUUCAGUGGUGGAGGGAUGUGACCCGACCCGGGUCCGUGCUUAUGGACCAGGUCUGGAGGGAGGAAUAACCAACAAACCCAACUGCUUCACUGUGGAGACCAGGGGUGCUGGUACAGGAGGCCUGGGCCUGACCAUUGAGGGAGCCUCAGAAGCAAAAAUAUCAUGCAAGGACAAUAAAGAUGGCAGCUGUAGCGUGGAGUAUGUCCCCUUCACUCCUGGAGAUUAUGAUGUCAAUAUUACCUAUGGAGGUCAUCCAAUCCCAGGCAGUCCAUUCCGUGUUCCUGUUCAGGACCCUGUGGACCCCAGCAAGGUGAAGUGCUCAGGUCCAGGUCUGGGCGCUGGGGUGAGGGCACAUGUUCCUCAGACUUUCACAGUUGACUGUACAAAGGCUGGGCAGGCCCCACUGGAUGUCAAACUCUAUGGCCCAUCAGGUACUGUGGAGCCAGUUGGUGUGAAGAACAACGGUGAUGGCACUCACACAGUUCACUACACCCCAGCCCAGGACGGGCCCUACACUGUAGCUGUUAAAUAUGCAAAUCAGGAAGUCCCACACAGUCCAUUCAAGGUAAUGUCCCAGCCUGGGCAUGAUGCCAGUAAGGUACGCGCCAGUGGCCCUGGUCUAGACAAAAAGGGUGUGUCUGCAAGCCUGCCUGUUGAGUUCACCAUUGAUGCCCGUGAUGCUGGAGAGGGGCUACUCACUGUGCAGAUUCUGGACCCAGAGGGCAAACCAAAGAAUGCAUCCAUCCAGGACAACAGGGACGGCACCUACACUGUGUCCUACGUACCUGACUCUACAGGCCCCUACACAAUCACCAUUAAAUAUGGAGGAGAUGAGAUUCCUUACUCCCCAUAUCGCAUCCAGUCCCUGCCCACAGGAGACGCCAGCAAAUGCCUCCUCACUGUGUCUAUUGGAGGACAUGGCGUGUCGAGUCUUCAAAAACUGCAGACCUCUGAGGAUACAGUUAUUACGGUGGAUGCCAAGGCUGCUGGGAAAGGCAAGGUGACCUGUAAGGUGCUGACUCCACAAGGGGUGGAGCUGGACAUGGAUGUGGUGGAGAAUCACGAUGGGACCUUUGACAUUUACUACACUGCCCCUGAACCUGGAAAAUAUAUUAUUACCAUCCGCUUUGGAGGACAGAACAUCCCUAAGAGCCCCUUCCAUGUGGUGGCAUCUAAUGAGCCAGUAGUUCCCCGUGAUACCGUGGAACCGCAAUUCCGACCUGUUAACUUUCUCGUCCCUUUCACGCCACAGCAAGGAGAAAUCACAGGUGAGGUGCGAAUGCCUUCAGGCAAGACGGCCCGUCCGCAUAUCACUGACAACAGGGAUGGUGCCAUCACAAUCAAGUACCAGCCCACAGAGAGAGGCUUGCACGAGAUGGACAUUAAAUAUGAAGGCAACCACAUUCCAGGAAGCCCUCUGCAGUUCUAUGUGGAUGCUGUGAACAGCGGAGUGGUGACUGCUUAUGGUCCAGGUCUGAGUUAUGGCAUGGUCAACAAGGCUGCCACGUUUACUGUGGUCACCAAGAAUGCAGGAGAAGGUGGUCUGUCAAUGGCAGUGGAGGGUCCCUCUAAGGCCGAGAUCACCUGUAAGGACAACAAAGAUGGUACUUGCACUGUCUCCUACCUGCCCACAGCUCCUGGAGACUACAACAUAAUUGUGAAGUUUGAUAACAAGCACAUUCCCGGCAGUCCCUUUACUGCUAAGAUCACUGGGGAUGACUCCAUAACCAGGACGUCUCAGCUGAAUGUCGGCACAGCUACUGACGUGUCCCUGAAGAUCACAGAGACUGAUCUCAGUUCUUUGACUGCCAGUAUCAGAGCUCCAUCAGGCAAGGAGGAGCCCUGCCUGCUCAAGAGGCUGCCCAACAGACACCUCGGUAUUUCUUUCACCCCUAAGGAAGUUGGUGAACAUGAAGUGAGUGUAAGGAAAAGUGGCAUGCACGUUUCCAACAGCCCUUUUAAGAUUAUGGUUGGCCAGUCAGAGAUCGGCGAGGCCAGCAGAGUCAAGGCUUAUGGUAAAGGCCUGGUGGAGGCACACACUUCUGAAACGGCCGAGUUCUUUGUGGAUACAAGGAAUGCAGGCUAUGGAGGUCUAGCAUUGUCAAUUGAGGGUCCGAGCAAAGUGGAUAUCAACUGUGACGAUGUAGAGGAUGGGACGUGCAGAGUGACCUACUGUCCAACUGAACCUGGAAGUUACACUGUUAACAUCAAAUUUGCUGAAAAGCACAUCCCAGGUAGUCCUUUCACAGUGAAGGUGACUGGAGAAGGAAGAAUGAAAGAAAGUAUUACUAGGAAGAGGCAGGCGUCUUCUAUCGCCUCAGUGGGGAGCACAUGUGGCCUUAACCUGAAAAUCCCAGGAAACUGGUUCCAGAUGGUUUCAGCUCAGGAGAGGCUGACCAGGACAUUCUCCCGCAGCAGCCACACCUACACCCGCACUGAGCGCACAGAGAUUAGCAAAACCCGAGGUGGAGAGACAAAGAGGGAGGUGCGAGUGGAGGCGAGCACCCAGGUAGGAGGAGGAGGAAGCCCAUUCCGAGAUGUUUUUGGAGACUUUCUGGGCAGAGAGAGCCUAAGCAGCUUCGCUGGCAUCACUGCUAGACCUGAGGUUGAGAGUGGCUCCCAGGCCAUGACAGCUCAGGUGACCAGCCCCAGUGGGAAAACGGUGGAUGCUGACCUUGUGGAUGGAGGGAGCAGCACAUACAGUGUGCGCUUCAUCCCACAGGAAAUUGGACCCCACACAGUCAAUGUCAAAUACAGAGGCCAACACGUUCCUGGAAGCCCUUUCCAGUUUACUGUGGGACCCAUGGGGGAGGGAGGGCCUCACAAGGUCCGUGCAGGAGGACCUGGCCUGCAGCGAGGCGUAGCUGGAGCACCAUCUGAAUUUAGUAUCUGGACAAGAGAGGCAGGUGCAGGCGGUCUGUCCAUUGCUGUAGAGGGGCCAAGCAAGGCUGAAAUUUCCUUCGAGGACAGGAAGGAUGGUUCUUGCGGUGUCUCCUACAUAGUGAAAGAACCAGGUGACUAUGAAGUGUCAAUCAAGUUCAACAACGAGCACAUCCCUGACAGCCCAUUCAUUGUUCCGAUUGCAACGCUGUCAGACGAGGCCCGCAGGCUCACUGUCACAAUCCUUCAGGAGAAGGAUUUGAAGGUAAACCAAGAAGCAUCCUUCAUGGUGCAGCGAAAUGGGGCUCGAGGGGUGGUGGAUGCCAAAGUCCACACCCCCUCCGGCUUUUCUGAAGCAUGCUACAUCACUGAGCUUGACAGCGACAAGACUGCAAUCCACUUUAUUCCACGUGAAAACGGAGUUCACUCCAUAGAUGUAAAGUUCAAUGGAUGCCACAUUCCUGGGAGCCCUUUUAAUGUGCGUGUGGGAGACCCGGGGCUAAUUGGAGACCCAGGCAUGGUGACUGCACACGGCCCUGGACUGCAGGGAGGAACCACAGGUGUUGUCACAGAGUUUGUGGUCAACACGUGUAAUGCAGGCUCAGGCACUCUGUCUGUCAACAUCGACGGGCCGUCUAAGGUCAAAAUGGACUGUCGCGAGUGUCCCGAGGGCUACAAGAUCACCUACAUACCCAUGGCACCUGGCAACUAUCUCAUCACCAUCAAAUACGGCGGGCCACAGCACAUAGUGGGCAGCCCUUUCAAAGCUAAAAUCACAGGUGCCCGACUGUCAGGAGGACACAGCCUCCACGAGACUUCCUCUGUCUUGGUCGAAACAGUUACUAAGACCUCCAAAGUGGGCGGGGCCUACAGCUCCUCUUCAUCCACCACCUCAACCGCACUGACAUCUGAUGCCAGCAAGGUGGUAUGUCGUGGAACUGGGCUGUCCAAGGCUGUGGUGGGACAGAAAAAUAACUUUACAGUUGACUGCAGCAAAGCAGGUACCAACAUGCUGAUGGUGGGUGUGCACGGACCCCAUACUCCCUGUGAGGAGGUGUACGUCAAGCACAUGGGCAACAAGCUCUAUAACGUCACCUACACUGUCAAAGACAAGGGCAGCUACACUGUCAUCGUCAAAUGGGGUGACGACAACAUCCCCGGGAGCCCCUACAAAGUGAUUGUACCCUAAAAAGAACUGCAUCAGUGCUCCAUCCCUCCUCCUCCACUGACCCACCAGCCUUGUCUUGUCAUCAGCACACAUCAAUCAAACCCCCCAGUAGUACUUUUUCUGGCACUGCUCUUUGCUCUUCUGCAGAUUGCAACAUACACUAAAACCUGCAAGGAUAUUUGCUUACAGCUUUCUUGAUGACAGAGUCUCUGAUGUGCCAAAGGUUUGUAUUAACUCCAGAAAUGACAUCUACAAUUAUGCAUCCACAUUCAUAGUGAUGCAAAAGCAACAGUGAGUCCUUGAGUAAUGUUGGCUACAUGUUUUGAUUGGUUGAUACAGUUUCUGCCCUCUGUCCACUUAUAAUAUAUGAAUGUUGACAGAUGUUGGAGUAAUCAACAGGAUUAAAGUCUGAUACUGUAGGGUUUUGUAUUGUUUAAGAAUGAGAACUUCACUUUUGUUAUGUUAACCUGUUUUUGGUAAGUCUUUGCAGACCUAAUAAAGAUUUAAUUGCUAAGUUUC